AGUGGGUCAGAUAUAUGUCCUCGGGCCCCAGCGCCUGAAUUUCCUUGACGAGCCGCCUGCCUGCAUCCAUGUCAUCGUCGGGGAAGAGAAGGAAGACAAGAGACUUGAUUGAUGGGGGCCAUAAGUUUCUUUGGAAAGUUCCUUUAGGCAAAAAGUCGGCCACACAUGCCACCAAGGAAUUAGCAACCUACGACCCUGAAAUCACCUCUAAAGACCAGCUUAAAGAUGGCGUUGUAAGAUUUGUUGUGAUGAUGAGUGAAGGGAUGCGGCUCCGAGAGAUUCGCGAGACAUUUUCGGGCAACAACUGGGAGAAGGAGACAUUUAUCUCUACAGACCAGGCAAACUCUGUGGUCGACUGGGGAACUCUCUCAAAGCUCCUCAUCCGGUGGGACCUAACCAGAACAAGGCAAGGGGGCGCAAAAUGGGGCGGAGGUGAAUUUACGAAGCAUGCUGAAAAAGUGAAGAGAAAUAGUAAGGUCACUGGUGCGACCCAAGCUGAAAACAAACUUGAUGUCCUGCUUCGCCCAAAAGAAACAAUACUUGAAUUAGUUAGUUAGAUCAUAUAUGUUAGUUGUGUUCAAUUAAUGGAGUGUAUUCAUUCGCCUGCCCAUCUAUUAUUAUUUUUAUUUUGAUAUGUAAACACGUCAUCCGACCUAUUGUAAUAGUUUAUCAUUAUUAUAUAUGUAAGCUCUGAUUUGAAUAAAGUAUAUCCAUCCAAUACAAUAUACAUAUGUAUAUGUGUAUC